ACCGAGCUCGUGCGCGGAAUGUACACAUCAGCGCUGGCAGGUCACGUGAUGUGACGUGCGGCCAACAUGGCGACGCAGUGUUGAGAUAGCAGCGUCCAACCGAACCAGCGACAACCUCGGCCCGCUUCUGGCACCCUCACACCCCUGCCAAACCGCAGGGAACGGGCCAGCGAUGACGGCCUGACGGACUACUUUAACACGUCGACCGAGAGAUGAAAGAACAGAAAGAGCUGGAAACCCAACGACGGCAAACGCAGACAGAAAGCCUGAGCACCAAGAGCAUGUUUCUGUCUCGAGCGCUGGAGAAAAUCCUCGCGGAUAAGGAGGUGAAGCGGAGCCAACACGGCCAGCUGCGCAAGGCUUGUCAAGUGGCGCUAGAUGAAAUCAAGCAUGAACUGGAAAAGCAGAAGGAUGGCACUGUUGUUCCUCCCAGAGCCAAUUACAUUGAGGCUGACAAGUACGUCCUGCCUUUCGAGCUGGCAUGUCAGUCCAAGUCUCCACGUAUUGUCAGUACGUCUCUCGACUGCUUACAGAAACUCAUUGCGUAUGGGCACAUCACAGGGAACGCCCCUGACAGCGGAGCUCCAGGAAAACGGCUGAUUGACCGGCUGGUGGAGACCAUCUGUAACUGCUUCCAGGGACCCCAGACUGAUGAGGGGGUACAGCUACAGAUCAUUAAGGCUCUGCUGACUGCUGUGACAUCACCACACAUAGAGAUCCACGAGGGAACGAUUCUCCUCACUGUCCGCACCUGCUACAACAUCUACCUGGCCAGCCGCAACCUGAUCAACCAGACCACGGCCAAGGCCACUCUCACACAGAUGCUCAAUGUCAUCUUCACCCGCAUGGAGAACCAGGCGGCUCUGGAAGCUCAGGAAGCAGAGAAGGAAAGACAACGUCUGCAGCUGCGCAAUCCUUCUCCAGUAUCCAGUAACCCUUCACCUGUGGCCCAAAACCCUUCCCCAACUCUUGGUCGGGGGUCUGGAUCGCCACGGCUCGGACGAGCCUGCUCAGAACAGAAUGGACCCCCAUCCCCUUCUCUCAGCCCCCCUGGGGCCUCCUCCACUCCUUCCACCCCCCAAGACUCAUCCUCCAUCAAUGGCCAGCCAGAAGAGUCCAAGUCAGAGGAGGAGUUUGCCACAGAUAAACCGAGCAUAAAGGAAAUUGCACAUCCAGAUGAAGAGAUUCAGGAGUCAGACCAGACGACUUCAUCACCGGCAGGAGGUGUUGAGGGAGAGGAGGCCCAGCCGCAGCCUGAGACAGAAGCAGGCGCUGAGGUUCAGGAAGAGACUGAGCCAGACAGUGGACUGGGAGAUAGCUCUGUGGAAGGAGGCUUAGAUCAACAUUCUGACUCAGAAACCAAAGUGCCGCUCCCUGUCGUUCGAGUCGACACACAGCAGAUGAACGGAAUGGUGGACGAUCGUGGCUUAGAGUCCUCCACAGACAUUCUGGAUGCAGAAAGCAUUCAGGGCAGUCAGACAGCUGCUCGUUUUUCUCACAUCCUGCAGAAAGACGCCUUCCUCGUGUUCCGCUCCCUCUGCAAGCUUUCCAUGAAGCCCCUGGCUGAUGGACCACCCGACCCAAAGUCCCAUGAGUUGCGCUCUAAGGUGGUUUCCCUGCAGCUGUUGCUGUCAGUGCUGCAGGGAGCUGGACCUGUUUUCCGAACCCAUGAGAUGUUUGUGAACGCCAUCAAACAGUACCUGUGUGUGGCGCUCUCCAAAAACGGGGUCUCCUCUGUGCCUGAAGUAUUUGAACUGUCUCUUGCCAUCUUCCUUACCCUGCUCUCCCACUUCAAAGUGCACCUUAAGAUGCAGAUCGAGGUGUUCUUCAGGGAGAUCUUUCUAACAAUCCUGGAGACGUCAUCCAGCUCCUUCGAGCACAAGUGGAUGGUCAUUCAGACUCUUACUCGAAUAUGUGCAGAUGCACAAUGUGUGGUGGACAUUUAUGUGAACUAUGACUGUGAUCUCAACGCUGCCAAUAUUUUUGAGAGGCUGGUAAAUGACCUGUCUAAAAUCGCCCAGGGAAGGAGUGGACAGGAGCUCGGCAUGACUCCAUUACAGGAGCUGAGUUUGAGAAAGAAAGGGCUGGAGUGUCUGGUGUCCAUUUUGAAGUGCAUGGUGGAAUGGAGCAGAGACAUGUACGUCAACCCCAACCUGCAGGCCAACCUUGGUCAGGAACGUCCAGCAGAGGGCGACAGUGCGGAUGGGAAGCUCCAUGAGAAUCUUUCCUCUCGCAGAGAUAGUGUGAGCUCUCUGGACUCCACUGUGUCGUCUGGAGUUCAGCAGUCUCAGCCGGAUCACCCCGAGCAGUAUGAGGUCAUCAAGCAGCAGAAAGAGAUCAUCGAGCAUGGCAUUGAGCUGUUUAACAAGAAACCAAAAAGGGGAUUGCAGUACCUGCAGGAGCAAGGCAUGCUGGGCACCACACCAGAGGACAUCGCACAGUUCCUGCAACAGGAGGAGCGACUGGACACGACUCAGGUUGGCGAGUUCCUGGGAGAGAAUGUGAAGUUUAAUAAAGAAGUGAUGUACUGCUAUGUGGACCGGCUGGACUUUUGUGGCAAAGACUUUGUGUCAGCGCUCCGUGCCUUCCUUGAAGGCUUCAGGCUUCCAGGUGAAGCACAGAAAAUCGAUAGGCUCAUGGAGAAGUUUGCCGCCCGAUACCUGGAGUGCAAUCAGGGGCAGACUCUGUUUGCCAGCGCAGACACGGCUUAUGUUCUGGCUUACUCCAUCAUCAUGUUAACCACCGACCUGCACAGUCCACAGGUGAAGAACAAAAUGACGAAGGAGCAGUACAUAAAAAUGAACCGUGGCAUUAAUGACAGUAAGGACCUGCCCGAGGAGUAUCUCUCCUCCAUCUACGACGAAAUUGCAGGAAAGAAGAUUGCUUUGAAGGAGAGCAAAGAAUACUCCAUCACUCCCAAAUCCAGCAAACAGAAUGUAGCAAGUGAGAAGCAGAGAAGGCUGCUGUAUAACAUGGAGAUGGAGCAGAUGGCCAAAACGGCUAAGGCUCUGAUGGAGGCUGUAAGUCACGCCCAGGCUCCCUUCUUCAGUGCUACUCACCUAGAGCACGUCCGGCCCAUGUUCAAGCUGGCCUGGACUCCUCUGUUGGCAGCGUUCAGCGUAGGACUCCAGGAUUGUGACGAUCAGGACGUGGCAUCUCUUUGUCUGGAGGGGAUCCGAUGUGCAAUCAGGAUCACCUGCAUCUUCAACAUGCAGUUGGAGAGAGAUGCCUACAUCCAGGCCUUGGCCCGGUUUACGCUGCUCACCGCUAGCUCAAGUAUCACAGAGAUGAAGCAGAAGAACAUUGAUACCAUAAAGACUCUCAUCAUGGUCGCCCACACAGACGGAAACUACUUGGGAAACUCCUGGCAUGAGAUUCUGAGAUGUAUCAGUCAGCUGGAGUUGGCCCAGUUGAUUGGGACAGGGGUGAAGACACGUUAUAUCUCUGGUGUGGUCCGGGACCAGGGAGGCAGCAUAAAGGGCUUCCCAUCAGGGGGAGAGGAAUUCAUGCCCCUCGGCUUAGGUACUCUGGUUGGAGGUCCAGACAAGCGUCAGAUGGCUCAUAUCCAGGAGUCAGUGGGGGAGACCAGUUCUCAGAGUGUUGUGGUGGCUGUGGACAGAAUCUUCACUGGAUCCACCAGGCUUGAUGGAAAUGCAAUUGUGGACUUUGUGCGUUGGCUCUGUGCGGUGUCCAUGGACGAGCUGGCUUCUGCUCACCAGCCACGCAUGUUCAGUCUGCAGAAGAUAGUGGAGAUCUCCUACUACAACAUGAACCGCAUCCGUUUGCAGUGGUCACGCAUUUGGCAGGUCAUCGGAGAUCACUUUAACAAGGUGGGUUGUAAUCCUAAUGAGGAUGUGGCCAUCUUUGCUGUGGACUCCCUGAGACAACUCUCUAUGAAGUUUCUGGAGAAAGGAGAACUGGCCAAUUUCCGCUUCCAGAAGGACUUUUUAAGGCCAUUUGAACACAUCAUGAAGAAGAACAGGUCGCCCACUAUCCGGGACAUGGUGAUACGAUGUGUGGCCCAGAUGGUGAACUCCCAGGCUGCUAAUAUUCGCUCUGGCUGGAAGAACAUCUUCUCUGUGUUCCAUCAAGCAGCAUCAGAUCAUGAUGAGAACAUUGUGGACCUCGCGUUUCAAACCACAGGACACAUUGUUAUGAAUACAUUUAAGCAGCAUUUUGCCGCAGCCAUCGACUCUUUCCAGGACGCAGUCAAGUGUCUGUCAGAGUUUGUGUGUAACGCUGCAUUUCCUGACACCAGUAUGGAAGCCAUUCGGCUCAUCCGCCACUGCGCUAAAUACGUGUCUGACCGGCCGCAGGCACUGAGGGAAUACACUAGUGAUGACAUGAAUGUGGCCCCCGGUGACCGUGUUUGGGUGCGAGGCUGGUUCCCCAUCCUGUUUGAGCUUUCCUGCAUCAUCAACCGCUGCAAACUAGACGUCAGGACCAGGGGUCUGACUGUCAUGUUUGAGAUCAUGAAGAGUUACGGACACACCUUUGAAAAGCAUUGGUGGCAUGACCUCUUCCGGAUCAUCUUCCGAAUAUUCGACAACAUGAAGCUCCCUGAGCAGCAAACUGAAAAAACAGAGUGGAUGACAACGACAUGUAACCAUGCCCUCUACGCAAUCUGCGAUGUGUUCACACAAUUCUACGAGCCUCUCAGUGAGGUGCUUCUGGCGGAUAUUUUUGCACAGCUGCAGUGGUGCGUGAAACAAGAUAAUGAGCAGCUGGCGCGGUCAGGCACAAACUGUCUGGAGAACCUGGUGAUCCUGAACGGGGAGAAGUUCAGUCCGGAUGUGUGGGACGUCACCUGCGCCUGCAUGCUGGAUAUCUUCCAGACCACCAGCCCUCAUGCCUUGCUGACAUGGCGACCAGCUGGACAGGAAGAGGAGGUGGGAGAAGGGAAACACAUGGACGCUGAGGUUGAUUCUCAGUCGCAGAGCAGCUUUGAGAGGACUCAUUCAGAGAGAGGACACAGUCAGAUGUCCACUGCCAGUGAUGAAACGUGGAAAGGAAAGUCCCAAACCAGGGUCUCAGACCACAGGCUGUUUGCAGGGCUGCUUAUAAAGUGUGUCGUACAGCUGGAGUUGAUUCAGACCAUAGACAACAUUGUAUUCUACCCGGCUACCAGCAAGAGGGAGGAUGCUGAGAACAUGGCGGCUGCUCAGCGAGAUGCACUCGAGCAAGCAGAAGAGGGAGAGACAGAGGCCGAUCAGGGCAUGUACAGACACCUGUCCUCACAACACCUCUUCAAACUGCUUGACUGCCUCCUUGAGUCCCACAGGUUUGCCAAGGACUUCAACUCCAACAAUGAGCAGAGGACAGCGCUCUGGAGAGCAGGCUUUAAGGGGAAGUCAAAACCGAAUCUUCUGAAGCAGGAGACCAGCAGUCUGGCCUGCAGUCUGAGGAUCCUCUUUCGCAUGUACUCCGACACGCAGCUGCGAGACUCCUGGCCAGACAUCCAGACACGCCUGCUGCAGGUGUGUAGUGAAGCCCUGGCUUACUUCAUCGGUCUUACCUCAGAGAGCCACCGGGAAGCCUGGACGAGUCUCCUGCUGCUGCUCCUCACCCGGACACUCAGACUGCCUGAUGACAAAUUCAAGCCUCAUGCCUCCUGCUAUUACCACCAUCUGUGUGAGAUGAUGCAGUUCGACCUCAUUCCGGAGCUUCGCGCUGCUCUGCGGCGAUUUUUCCUUCGCAUCGGUUCCGUCUUCCAGAUUGCCGCUCCUGAACAGGGCAGAGCGCAGCCUUCACCAUCAUCAUAACGCGGAUCAGGACUGGGAACACAGCUCAGAGAUGAACUGGAAAGAAAGCGGGGCUGUAAAGUGUAUGGAUAGUCUGCGUGUAUAAGCCUCUGCUGUGAUUUAAAGAACUGUACAGGAACGCAGAAUGACUGUGUGUGACUGUCCCAUACUUUCCUCUGCCAGUCCUGACUCACCGCCGUCAGUCGCUCCCUAUGAGAGAACAGCACUGUGACCCAGCAGGGUGACGCUUCUGCUGUGUCAUUCGUCUGUGUUGUUAGAGUCAUGAGUCAUAUUUGUUUAUUUUUAUUUUUACUUUCUUCUGGAUGGCUGCGAAAAUAAUUUAUUACCAGUACUGCUGUAUAUCUGGUUUUUGAUCAUCUGUUGAUUUCAUUGUUUUGGCUCUUGUCCUAUCUGUAAAAUUUUGUCUGUUUUAAAGGCUGAAGAAAGAUAGACAAACAGAAAUGAGAUCAUCCCCUGUUAUUAAGAGCUUGUAAAAGAAACCCGAUGUGCAAUGUGUUUGCGCCAGUGAAAAACGGUAUAUUUGUUAAUGAUUUAAGGUCCAACAAUGGUCCAUUAUCAUUGUCCUUUAUUGAUUCAUCAAACAAUUAAACGAUCAUCUCUGAUUUGAAUUCAUUCAAGCAACCCACAGAGGUUUUUGCAUUUAAAUGCUUUUAGUUUGGGGUAAAAGACUUCAAUCUGGUUCCGAUGUGUUCACACUAAACUCCAAAUUGUCCUAAGAAUGUAACGGUUGCCUUCAAAGCAUUUGGUAUUUAUUUUACAUGUGUCAGUACUUACGCUUGCUAAUCCAGACCAGGCCGACACUACCAUUUAUUACAUGCCACACAUCAUGCUCAUUUGGUUUCCAUCAUAUAAAAAAUGUAUUGCAUUUUUUGAAAGUUUUUUUUUUUCAUUAUAUAUAUAUAUAUUAUAUCAUUGAAAUCUUAAGACAUCUAAUGAAUAUUUAAUAUUAGUGCACUAAAGUUUGCUUAAUAGAUUAUUAUUAUUUUUUUUUACAUUUCAUUUUUGCAAGUGCUGUUCGCUCUUGAUUUGGAGUUAGACUGAAUCAGCAGGUUUAUGAGAUGGAUGCCAGUCACAUUAAUAUAAAACAAUUGAAGUGGGGGAAAUACAGAAAUACAAAUGCACUGUAUAAUCCAGGUAUAUCUUCAUUAAACCCCUGCAGCAUAUGACUUACUAGUGUAUUACCAAUGCAGAUUCAACUCCCAAUUCAUUUUCAUUAAGUAUGUAUUUCAUUCUUGAAGUGCAUUUAAAUAUUUUCUGAAAAGCAUUCCUUCCCUUGCAACUAUGGAUGUCUACUUUGCCUCCCUUGAGACUGGGAGAUAUAAAUAUAUAAAGUAUAUUAAGAAAUACAAUGUGUAAAGUUUUCAUGUAAAAUAUACACAAUGUUCGACUCUAUACAUAUUGUGAUGUAAUCUUACAAGCAUUUGGUUGAGUAAUCAAUAAAGUUUGAAGUCUGAACCAUUGAA